AUGGCUGGUGCGCUCCUCGGCAGGUUUCUGCUUUUGACACAGUUAUGCACUUAUGCAAGAGCGACAAAAUUUUGCCGCGAAUCCCAUGGGAUGACGCAUAACAACGAAGUUUUAAUCGGGCAUUCUUACAAAUCGCUACUAACACGGGGGAUUUUUGGUUGUGGGCAUGAGUGCUUGGCCAGUCUAAAGUGUACAUCCUAUAACUAUCAAACAUCAGCGGUUGGACGAGGCAUCUGCGAGCUUAACGACGGUGAAUUUAGUGGCAAAAGACAUUUGGUAAAGAAACAAGGCUUUGUCUUCGUUCAAGUGAAAUGGAAACAGGUGAGUUAUCUUAGGAAGGUUUUCUGAGUGAUUUUAGCGUACGUUUGCUAAAAAUUCCAUAUUCAGACCCCCAAAAGAUAUCAGAAAUUACUCAACCAUAAGGUAGUUUUGUACUGAAGUGAUAACAUCGAGUUCAGUUUAAUAAUAAGUAAAUGACAAAAAUGAAAAUAAUCAAGUAGAUCGUCAAUAAUUUAAAGGAUGAAGAAAAAACUGAGAUUGUACAAAAUUCUGAUCAGGUUGAUGUAAUAUUCAUAUCCGAGUAGGGCCAGCACUAAUGAAUUCACAGCACGUUUCCAACGUCAGCUAAACGUCAGCCAGUCUAGAAAACCUUUCAUUUCUAUUCUUAAUUUCCUUUCUAAACGCACUCUUGGCCAUUAACAAUAAUUUUCCUCAUUAAAUUGAGGAAGAUUGACAGUUUGCUAGAUUAUAACAACACACGCUUUUGGCAAAAUAAAGAUUUUCUUCAGUUAGAAUAAAAGUCACGUAAAAAUAUUUAGCCUUUUCAUGCGUAUCAGAUGAAACCUGAAGUCAUUUUCAAGGAUGACUGAUAGGAGAGAUCGCGGGCACAGGUUACAUUUUCCUACCUAAAAACAAGAGGUUAUAAUAUCUUAAUGUAUAUGCAUAGGAUAGCCCUGAAAUCCCUUAUGCAAGAACUGUAGUAAAGAAUUAAUGUUAUUGUCUGACCUACAAGAUGAGAACUCAAUUGGAGGAGAUUGAAACAAUUACCUUAUCCCCCAUAAGGCUCUCUAACUUAUGACCCUUCCUACCCCCCCUCCCACUCUUUGGCUGUUAAUUGGUAUUCACAUUUUUUCAGUCCAUACUGUAUACUCUGGUGGUAGCGACUGCUCCACCUCCGUUCCCCUUGAAAAUACGCCUACUCUCCCUUCUCGCCCCGCCGGCGAUUACUAUAGACUAGUGCCUUACAUUUUACUCUUGACGACUUCUCCAGAGACCCAAAAGUUGCUGGGAGGCCUGGAAACAAGGGGCAAGAACAUCGGGAUACUACUUCAUUCAGGGGAGGACGGAGUGUCUCUUUUACGAAAUGUACUGCGACUUCAGUUCAGAACCCGGUUGGGCCUGGACUCUAGUCAUGUCACAGAGCUUGAGCAGAAGGAGCAAAGCUUUUGCGAAGGAUUCAUUCUUACGAGGACCUUUUAAAAACCAGCAGUAUCCAAACUGGGAAAACUACAGAAUUGGCAACAGUCGAAUGAAGAUUGUGCAAGCGCAGUCCAGCCACUGGCGAGUCACAUGUGAUUUCCCAUCUUAUGGUGUCGAUUACAGAGAUUACGUCAGGGUCGCUUUUAAAAAAAUAAAUCCGAUGAGAUACAAGGUCAGUGGGGGAUGCCGAGAAGUGGAAUACAUCAACAUCCGAGGGCAUAACUGUACAAAAUGCACAGCUGGCUGGUGGCAAACAGACACUCAAUUUCUGACGCACUUUAGUGAUAAGGAUAUUUGCCAGUUCGGCAAGACACUGGGUUUCCUUGACAACGAGGCCAACUUCGGCGGCUAUUGGAAGAACAAUGUUAGCUCUGAGUUUCGGUGUUCAUCAGUGAACACGUCCACCACCAAUCAUUGGUUCGGAGGUAAAGUAUAG